AUGAUAAUUAGUUGUUGGAGUCCAAAGGUUGCCAUAUGUGCAGUUUUGGUGAUUAUAUGCCUCUACCCAGUAGGUGGACUAGUAUUAGAUCUCAGUCAUACGUCUUUCCCUUCAUGUAUAGAUGUUUUCGAAGGAACAUUCACUGGUGGUGGUAUGUAUAGGAUGUUUCACUCGAAUGGUGCCCGAAUCGCUAUUGUGAGGUACGGCGACCAGGCUUUGGGCUUGUCAAAGUAUCUCCAAUAA